AUGAGUUCUUCCAGUUUUCUCCCAAGCAAUAAUGAUAAAACUGUCCUGACUCAACCAGCAACUUUUCAUAUACAACCACAUUCUAAACAAAAGGUUUCUUAUUUUCACCAUAAAGAUGUCGGAAACUUUCAUUUUGGUUUACAACAUCCAAUGAAACCUCAUCGUUUGGCUUUAACGAAUAAUUUGGUUUUAAGUUAUGGCCUUCAUAAAAAAAUGACGGUUUAUUGUCCGCCUAAAGCGACCGAUGAUGAAUUAAUGGAAUUUCAUGAAGUAGAUUAUAUUAAAUUCUUGAAAAAAGUAACACCGGAAAAUUCUGAAGAAUUCGCUAUAGAUUUUCCUAGGUUCAACAUAAAUGCGGAUUGUCCAAUAUUCGAAGGAUUGUAUGAUUUUUGUCAGAUAUAUGCAGGUGCUUCAAUAGCUGCGGCACAUCAUUUAGCAUCAGAUGGAGCUGAUAUAUGUAUUAAUUGGAGUGGAGGAUUACAUCAUGCGAAAAGGUAUGAGGCUUCAGGAUUUUGUUUCGUGAAUGAUAUAGUUUUGGCGAUUCAGCAUUUACUAAGGUUUUAUCCACGCGUUUUAUAUAUUGACAUUGAUAUACAUCAUGGUGAUGGUGUGCAAGAAGCAUUUUUUGCCACAGAUCGAGUUAUGACAGUAUCAUUUCAUAAAUAUGAUGGUAGCUUUUUCCCUGGAACCGGAAAUACAAGCGAAAUUGGUUGCGGAUUAGGCAAAUUCUUUUCUCUAAAUGUACCUCUGAAAGAUGGAAUUGAUGAUAAUAGCUAUGUUACAUUAUUCAAGGAAGUUAUGUUAGAUGUAAGAGAUCAUUAUCAACCAAGUGUUGUUGUAUUACAAUGUGGAGCAGAUUCUCUCGGAAAAGAUAGAUUAGGAGGUUUUAAUAUAAGUAUUAAAGCUCAUGGGGAGUGCGUAAGAUUUAUAAAAAGUUGGCAGGUUCCCUUGUUAGUUCUUGGAGGUGGGGGUUAUAGAAUUCCUAAUGUAGCAAGAUGUUGGACUUAUGAAACUGGAAUAUUACUUGAUACUGAAUUACAGUCUGAAUUACCACAAAAGACUCAUUAUUAUAAUUUUUUUGGUCCAGAUUUUUCAUUACAUCCACCGCUUGUAAGAAAGAUAGACGAUUUAAAUAAAAGAAGUGAUUUAAAACAAAUUUAUCAGGAAGUUCAUGAAUUGUUGAGAUUUUUAGAUGGGGCUCCAAGUGUUCAAAUGCAAGAACUUCCGGGGAAUUUACAAAGUAUAUUUAAUGGAAUUGAUGAGGAAUUUAGAGAUGUUGGUUUUAGAGGUAGGAAACCUUUAAUGUGGAAUGAAAAUGAAUAUUUCGACGGAGAUAGUGACAACGAUAAAUGGUGA